CACAGCCGACUGGACUAUAGUGGCGACUCCAAGUACGACCCAGGUGUGAAGGCGUCCUAUUUCUGAGCGGCAUGCAGGGAUCAGGGGGUUUGGACCGCUGCGGAAAACUUGCUUCUGCUGCUCAAGUCAUGCUCAAUGUGCAACUCUGAAGCCGCAUAAACUGCGACUGAGAGCAGUUUAACGCGUCUCUUAUCGUUCUUUUUUUUAACCCCCCUAGAGGAUUACUCCUUCCCUCGGUAACCAUGGGUUCUGUGAUGUUGGACUGGCGGUUAUCAUGUCUUCUUCUGCAAGCAGCUGUUUUGCUGCUGCUCAGCAAGGGGGAGAGGAUGUGCCCCGUGAGUUGUCGCUGCGAGGGAAAGAUCGUUUAUUGUGAGUCAGGCAUCUUCCACGACGUUCCAGAAAACAUCACCACGGGAUGCCAAGGUCUGUCUCUGCGUUACAACAACCUGCAGGUUCUGCUGCCGUACCACUUCGCUCAUCUCGGUCAGCUUGUGUGGCUUUACUUGGACCACAACUCAAUCACUGCCAUAGAUGCUUUAGCUUUCCACGGGGUGCGCAGGCUGAAAGAACUGAUCCUGAGCUCAAACAAAAUAUCCCAUCUGCACAACAACACAUUCAGUGCCAUACCAAACCUGAGGAAUCUGGACUUAUCCUAUAAUCAGCUGCAGUCUCUUCAUCCCGGACAUUUCUACGGGCUGCGCAAGCUACAGAAUCUCCACUUCAGGUCCAAUGGACUGAAACAGAUCCUCGUUCGUACUUUUUUGGAAUGCCGCAGCCUGGAGUUCCUCGACCUGGGUUAUAACCGCUUGCGGAGCCUCACCCGCACCGCGUUUUUGGGGCUGUUCAAGUUGAGGGAACUUCAUUUAGAGCACAAUCAAUUUACCAGGAUUAAUUUCUUUAUUUUCCCACGCCUCAGCAACCUCCAGGCUCUUUAUUUGCAAUGGAACCGCAUACGAUUCAUCAAUCAAGGUGUGCCGUGGACUUGGCAGAAACUUCAGAAACUGGACCUCUCGGGGAAUGAAAUCCAAAUCUUGGAUCCCGCUGUUUUCCAGUGCAUGCCAAACUUACAGAUACUGAACCUCGAAUCAAACAAGCUGAGUAGCGUGCCUGUGGAGGCUGUGGCAGCAUGGACUUCGCUGACCACCAUCAGCCUGGCAGGUAACGCCUGGGACUGCAGCCCCAGCAUCUGCCCUCUCAUGACAUGGCUGAGAACCUUCAAAGACUCCAAAGACAUCAGCAUGAUAUGCAGCAGUCCCAAGUCUGUGCAGGGCGAAAGAGUGGUGGACGUAGUGAGAAACCACUCAGUAUGCAUAGACAUGUUAAAUGUGUUCUCGACCACUUUCAUCAUUAGGGGUUCAGCUGAAAUUGUGAAUAUCACAGCUCCCCCGUCUCCCUCUGAUGUUACAGACCUGGCUGCACAGACGUCCACCGCUUCGCCUGACCAGCCUGGCAGGACAGACAGAGAGACAACAGAAUCCACAACUAUGAGCUCUACAGCCCACAACUCCCCCGAAACCCCUACAUCAUUUAUCCCUGAGCUACAGUUUGAACAUAUGGCUUUCCAUAAAAUCAUUGCGGGCAGCGUAGCCCUGUUCUUGUCAGUGUCAUUGAUUCUGCUGGUUAUUUAUGUCUCGUGGAGGCGCUACCCCAACACCAUGAGGCAGCUGCAGCAGCACUCAGUCAACCAUAAGCGCAGAAAAAAGGCCCGCAAGCAGGAACAGGACCUUAACUCUCAGUUGCAAGAGUACUAUCUGAGCUACCACUCAAACUCUGAGACAAUGGACUCCUUGGUGAACGAGCCAAGGCCGUGCACGUGCACUAUAUCAGGAUCAAUAGAAUGCGAGGUCUGAGCUGCCCACUAAAACACGAGAUAUAAAGUGCAAUUGCUAAGCAGAGGUAGAUAGGGUUUGUUUCCCCUCCAAAAAAAAAGAUUAAGUGGUUUUUAUCUCUAAUAUGAGAUGAUAGAUUCUGCAGCAGUGAAUAAAAUACUGGGGGGCAUAGUACAAUAUAAUUAUAUGCAGAGAAAAGAUUGGAAUGGAGAAAUAUAUUUGGAGAGCUAAUUAUCGCCCUGACUGACACAAGAACAGUGGCAGGGUCAGUCGGGUUAGCUGUGUCUGACCUUACAAAAAGACUGGAUCUUUGCUAACGCGAAAGUCAGCUCCACAGAGAGACUGACCUUAUUCUUAGUCAGAGUAUAUUGCCAUAGAAUAUACGAGCCAACAAAGCCACUUUUUACUUGCAACUGUUUUGUUUUUUUUAUUUUAUUUAUUACUAUUAUAUAGCUUGUAAAGCAUUUUGGAUAAAUGUCAAUACCUUUGAGUGUAUGUGUGUAUAUGAGUGUGCUAUGGGGAUGAACUAAUAGGACUGCACCUUAUUCUCACAGAUAGUUUUUGUCCAGUUAAAUUAUUUUUGCAUUGGGCCCCACAGUAUAGCAGUAGCAGUACCAUAAAAAUGGACAAGGGUGGGGGGCAAUCACAGAGAACAAUCUUGUCCUGAGAUCAUAUGCAUGAGGCCGUUCUCUUUACUUUAGAUGCUUCUUUCUCCUGUAAAAGGAUCCGUCCUGACUACAGAAAAAAAGAGAAAAAAUAUGUGUGCAAUUUGAUUUGCUGUGAGAAAAGCCACACAGAUGAACAGUAUUUAAAUACCCAUGAGUCUGAAUCUCAGGACUGACGUUUUCCAAGCUGUACAAAUCUGUCAGGUCCAACAGAAGGCCUUGUGUGUGUGUUAAGAAGUAACAAUGUUGACUUUCAACAUAUUUUGUAUUGAUUACCGCUGUCAUUGUAUGGACUGUUUGUGUAAAGACGUAAUAAUGUGGAUACUAGGAAUUCUAUGUGACUGUAUAAUUAAAAGAAACACUGACA